AUGCGCAAUAUCAGUAUCAAGGUUGGCAAUGACUAUUUAUUCCAGGGAGAGAACGUCUAUACCGGAGGUUAUAGGAGUUCUGAAAUCAGGAAGGAUUUGCCAUUAGACAUCUCAGGUUGUUUGUCUCCUGUAUGUCUAAGCGUAUUUAACCUUCAGAGAAAUAUAAAGACUCAAUCAGACAAAGGCAAGAGUGUGGAAAUUUUCAAUUUGGUCAGUUCUUGUACCUUGGACAUCAUACUCAGAUGUGCUUUCUCAUACGAGUCAGAUUGUCAAAACAUCAGUCGAGACAGCAUUCCCUACAUCCAAGCUGUGCACGAUAUUGCUGUAGAAUGGACACGUAGAAAUAGUUCUCCAUGGCUUUAUACAGAUUUUAUAUAUUAUUUGACGAAAGGGGGAAAGAAAUUUCAAGAAAAUUGUAAUUUUGUGCACAGCGUAGCAGAGGACGUUAUUGAUAAACGUCGUCAAGGUCUGAAAAAUGAAGAAGUUUCAUCAAAGAGAUACCUGGAUUUUCUAGACAUUUUACUGACUGCUAGAGACGAAGAUGGUAAUUGUAUGUCAAAGGGAGAUAUACGUAGUGAGGUGGAUACAUUUCUGUUUGAAGGUCAUGACACCACAGCUAGCGCCAUUUCUUGGAUCCUGUAUUCUCUGGCUGAGCACCAAUAUCAUCAGAAGAAAUGCCAGGAAGAAAUUGACAGGGUUAUCAGUGAAACCAAAUCUGGAGAACUUGAAUGGAAAGAUCUAGAGAGAUUGGAGUACCUUACACAGUGCAUCAAAGAAGGAAUGCGGCUACACUCUCCUGUCCCAGCGAUAAUGAGAAUCAACCAGUCUCCGAUCACAGCUAAUAAUCAUGUUAUCCCAGCUGGAAGUGACGUUAUCAUUAGUAUUUACAGUCUACACCACAAUGUCGAAGUCUGGGGAGAAGACCAUAUGCAAUUUAAACCAGACAGAUUCACAAAAGAAAAUAUUGAAAAGAGAGACUCAUUCGCAUUUUGUCCAUUUUCCGCUGGUCCAAGAAAUUGUAUAGGGCAAAAUUUUGCCAUGAACGAGGAAAAGAUGGUUUUAGCAACUCUUCUUCAAAGGUUUACCUUUACUUUGGACAAAACUCACAUCGUAGAGAAACAGUUGGCGGCGGUAAUGCGGGCUAAGAAUGGCAUUAAAUUGUUUGUUGUCUCAAGGUGAAUUCUUUAUCUACUGUCAAGCUCCAAACUGAGGGACAUUGGUCUGAUGAAUAUUCAGAGAGUCUUUUAUCACAGCAUGAUAGUCAUGGUUUAUAUUUUCCGUGGAUGAAACGUACGUCAUUGAGAGGCAGUUUGCAGUUGUAAUGCAGGCUAAGAAUGACAUUUAGCUAUUGGUUGUCCCAAGGUGAACUAUAUGUUUACUGUCAAUCUUCAAUAAGGGGAAUUAGCAAGAUUCCUCUCACAAAAUGAUCAUCUUUGAACUAUCUGUGCUUAGGGAACCAGAAUGUUAUACAAUUUAACUAUAUCUUGAAAACAAUAAUAAAAUAAAACAUGAUCAAAUCUUG